GAAACUUAACAAUAGAGACGCCAAAUUUUUUCUGAACAUGAAAAUGGCAAUGGUUUUCUUUCGUUUUAUACAAUUAUUCUUUUAUAAUAAAAACGAAUUUAAAAAAUUGGACUAUCAUUCUGAAGCAAAACCUUCCUUCGCAAAAUAAUUUUAAAAUUUGGGCAAUCAUCUUUCGACGAAAAUGAAAAUAUUCUUCGUUUAUCAUAUUUUUUUCUUUAUUUACUUGAAUUCUUUUGUUUUUGGAGAUUACACUUGUCCCAGUAAUACUGGCAUGAGAAUUGUCAAUUGUGACUUCGUACUUCCAAAGAAUCCAGUUUCGUCUAUAGCACAGGUUCCUCGUGUGGGUGUGAGUUUGGAACAGUGUGUGGAUAACAUGGAAGCAUUCAAGUGGGAGCUCGGAAUGUUCUGUCCCUCCAGUCACUUCUGCGGACUCGGAAUCGACCUCAGCGUCCGGUAUGACAUGCGACUGGCGCAGGAGUUCGAGCCCCUCUGGGAGACGUGUUUCAUGCUCACUGAUGAAGAGCAGUUCAGUUGUCAGGCUGUUCGCAGCCUGCUCUACGAGUCUACACUUCUCAGAGUGGCGGAGAAGACUUGUUUGAGCCAUGGGUUGGAUUUCUGUGCGGAACACCACUUGAAUGGUUGUGAGGACGUGGAGGGAGGCAGCGUGUGUAAAGGGUGUCUGGAAGGCGCAGAGGUGGCCAGUGAUCUAGUAAAAGAUCCAAUGGAGAUGAACUGCAAAGAUAUUGACGAAUGUGCGGCUGAAAUAUGCGGAGAGCCUGAUCGCGUGGUUUUAUGCGAGAACAAAUUUCUCACUUAUUACUGCCAAUGUCAGGAAGGGUUCCAAUUCAACAGUCUGUACGGAUCUAAAUGCGAGGACAUCGACGAAUGCGAAGGGAACUCAGAUAUCUGCGGCACUUACAAUGUGCCAGCUGCUGGAAAUGAGCCAGCCGCAUCAGUCAGUAGGGGUCAAUGUGUGAACACAGAGGGGUCUUUUGUGUGUGAUUGUGCAGAGGGAUUCCAGUUCCAAUCUGAUUCACAUCCUAAAUGCCAAGACUAUGAUGAGUGUGCUGAUGAGAAUAUGUGUGGGGGUGUUGAAAUGGGAACAUGUAUUAACACUGAGCCAAACUAUACAUGUGAGUGCAAGGAGGGGACAGAGUUGCAGAUAGUCUCAGCAGUUGAACAGACUUGUGCAGACCUCGACGAGUGUGAAGAGUCCAACCCCUGUGGAAGUCACGGAACAUGUAGCAACACUGUCUUUCCAUACAGCUGCACCUGUGAAGACAGAUACGAAGUCACUCUUCGACACAAUGAAUAUGGAACAGCUUGCACAAAGUACACUCCAUGCUACACGAGCACUUUGAUACAAUACUGUGGGACUGAUCCGAAUGUCUACUGCAAAUGGAACUCAGCUGCCCAUCCAGUAACAUGCGCCUGCAACUACCCUCUCACCUACUCACCACAAACCAAUAAAUGUGAUGAUAUAUAAACCAGCCGGAAGUGUCGGUUCUCUUUGACUGCGGUUUAGGAACUUAGACGACAAGAAAAAUACGGAAACUAGACAAUAACUUGCGCGCAAACUGCGUGAAACUUGUUCACAGACUUAAACUAUCUUUUGGCCGAGUAAAUACUGAUUGUCCAAAUUAGACAAUGUCCAAAUGCUGGCUUAUAUACUCCGCGAACUGCCUGUUGGUUUCUACUUCUGCCGGUUAAUGUACACUAGUUGUGGGUUGCUCAGCACUACGCGUAAAAGUAUUCGAUGAAAGAUAGAACUUAGUGAGCUAAUUUAACACGAUUUAGAGUUGAUAAUGUUCAUUCUGAUCUAAGAAGUCUAAAGACAACUAAUGC